AUGAACGCAGUCAUUCUGCCUAGAAUCGUGACUCACCAUGCGGUGCAGGCUGGAAUGGCUGCUGCAGCAACCUCCGUGCAGGUGCGGGGAAAAUCGAACGCCAUCAAUUCGGUUUCGCUGCUGCGCCAGUACUACAAUCGCUUGCCGAUACGCAGGAAGUACAAGCGAGCGGUGAUGAAGGGAACAAUGGUCAUGUGCGAAAAGACUGGCCAGGUUCGGAUUCCUCCGCUGGCCAUUUCUGGCUACGAUGACGGCAUGCUCCUGCUGAAUGUCUGUUGCAGCGGCAUUGCCAUGUCGCCCGGUUUGGAGGAGUUGUUCUUCGAGCCUGUCGGAGAAGAGAAGAGAUCAAAGUGGAAUCAAGUUGGCCCAAACAGAGGUUCGUACAUACAGAUCGAGACGUUUCAGAAUGUGGGACCGGGUGCAGGCAACUUCGACAAAGGUCCGGGCGGAGACUUCCACAGUGUUCCGGAGGGCCUGGGUGCUUUCAGGCAGAUCCAGACGUACCAGCACGUCGGGCCGGGCCUUGGCGACUUUGACAAGGAAGACGUGACUUCCUACUCAGAAUGGAAGCUGAGAGCGAGGUGCUUGGUGGUCAUGCUGCUUUUGUUGCUCCUCCUGGUGGCCGCAGUGUCAUACCUUCUCUUGCAGAAGAAUGGUAGCGACGUCAGUGGGGUCCCUCAUGCUCAGGAUUUCCACGGCCACGACAUUCACAGCUUGGAAACUGUCUAUGAUUGCAACGCAGGUUAUACCGAAUGGCAAACCAGCUGGAGUGAAUCAAAGAAAGCCUUCUGCUGCAGAAGUAGCGGAGUUGCAUGCGAGCAGGCGGCAUAUGACUGUGAUGCAGGCUACAGCCAAUGGGAGAGCAUGUGGUCUUCUGAUAAAAAGGAGUACUGCUGUGAUCAAACUGGUCGCGGCUGCAGCCCGGUGUCCAACGAGCCGUAUGACUGCCAAGUUGGGCUGGCGCACUGGCAAUCAGACUGGACAAAGGGAAAGCAGCUUUGGUGUUGCAGCACGCAUGCACUUGGCUGUGCAGACUACGGCUAUAGCUUAAGCUUCAACUGCGACGUGGGUUUUGCAAGAUGGGAGACAGACUGGUCCUGGGCAAAGAAGCACUGGUGCUGUGCUCACGAGCAGAAGGGCUGUGAGGUCGAGGUGCAUGGCUACUGGACCUGGGUCCAAGCACCUGUGCAUGUGCAUCAGGAGCAUCUGCACCAGGAGCACCUGCACCAGGAGCACCUGCACCAGGAGCACUUGCAUUCGGAGCAACACCCUGUCCACUACAAUUGCCAUGCCGGGUUCCACAACUUCGUCGGUGCCUGGAAGGCUGACAAGCAGCGCUGGUGCUGUAAUCACCAGGGCAUUGCAUGCACAGGUCCAAAUCCGCCGGCGGUGCAUUUGCAGCCGAAGAACACCUGGGUUCACGUGAAAGUGGAGGGCGUCUGGACCUGGAGGCAGGUGCCGAGGUCCGAGGACGUCCCUUUCGUCGUGGACUGCAGCACGGGCUUGGAUCGCUCCAAGAGCUGGGUGCCAAAGAGGAAAGCCUACUGCUGCACGCAUGAAGGCAACGUCGAGACACGCGUCAAAACGGCCGGUUGCAUUCCCGUGACAUUCCUUCAAGCAUGUGAGCGUGUGGGACCGCAGCUUCGUGCUCGCAAAGAGGGAUCUACCUGCACCUUCAGGGGCGAGGAAGCUAUCGUGAUGGCCGCGAUGUUGGAGCUCGCUGAAACGGCUGCUUCAGAGGCCAGCUCGGAUGAUUCGAUUUUCGAUUCUGAUGUAGAAACCAGUGAUGAUGAGGAUUUCAGUGGAAUCCCCAUAUUGAUGACGGCAGCCAACAUCGCAAAGAACAUAAUCGGGGAAGGGAUUCUGAGCCUUCCAAAGGGGCUUGCUGAUACCGGAAUGGUGUCCGGUGUCCUCAUCACCCUUGCCUUCUAUGCAGUUAUGGUAUACACCUUCUGGACCUUAGGGAGAGUUUGUCAGGCAACAAAUGAAAAGAGUCAUAGGGGAAUGGGAAACAAAGUGACGGAAGGCGAGGUGUUUGGAAACGUCAUGGCAGCCACGAACUUGCUGAAGACGCUCUUCACAUGCACUGCAUAUGCCUUGGUGAUUGGAAGAAACGCAGAAGAUAUCCUGGCCCCAUUAAACUCCAAUUCCUGGUUCUGCUCUAAGCGCGGUAGCUGGGUGACCGUUCUGCUUUGCAUCCUGUUGCCUCUUUGUUUGCUGCGAGACAUGGGGAAGCUUGCAUGGACCAGCUUUCUGGGGCUUCUUUGUGAGACCGGUGUGGUUUGCUUCAUGAUAUGGCGACUUCUGGAUGGGUCCUACCAGGUCGGUGGCGAGUUCUAUGGCAGCCAGACGCCCGAAACUCGAGUGCACUGGGAUGACGGUGGUCCGCAAUUUUGGACUGUUAGCCCUGGUACACUUACCCUUGUCUCGAGUAUGUCGACGGCGUUUCUUGCACACUACAACGCGCCAAAGUUCUACCAUCAGCUGAACAAGAGAAGCUCCAGGCGUUUUUUUAUCGCCAGUUCCUUGAGCUUCACUUGUGCAUUGGUGCUUUUUUUAACGUGCAUGCUGGUCGGGUACUUGACCUUCGGCCAGGCUUGUCAGGGCAACAUUUUGCACAACUACUCGCAGCGCGAUCUUGGAGCUGGCGUGUCGCGAUUCGCCAUGCUCCUUGCAGUGACGUUUGGCUUUCCCAUCGCCUUCACUGGUCUUCGUGAUUCGGCUUUGUCGCUCUUUUCCUGUUCCUCGCGACGAAGAGUCUGGGUGCCACUGACACUCGGACUUCUGACGUUGAUUGGUGCUCUUGGAUGGUGUCUGGAUGACCUUGGCGCUCUCAACAGCCUGGGAGGCGCAAUUCUUGGCUCGCUAAUUACACUGAUUUUUCCAGGUUUGCUGCUGACAUGGGUCUAUUCCUAUUUGUCCUCUUCUCCGGACUGGAAGGAUGAACUGCUCUUCUGGAGGGUGGAAGGCACCUUCGUCGGGCAUGUGCUGGUUGCAGUAGGCUCCCUUCUGCUGGUUUUCGGGACUUUGGUCGUUGUGCUGAAGAACUUUUUGGACAAAGAUAUCUGA